AUGGAUAAAUUUAUAAUUCGUUCAACUGAUAGCACUUUAGUGAGUGAACCACCAAAGAAAAAAACUAAAUUAAAUAUCAGACGUCAAUAUCAUGAAGAUUAUUUAAACAUAGGAUUUUCUUGGUCCGGUAACGUAGAUGAUCCUCGUCCAUGGUGUCUAGUAUGCGGCGGAAAACUAUCCAAUGAGUCAAUGGUUCCAAGUAAACUAAAACGUCAUUUCUCUACCAAGCAUUCUCAUUUGGUCGAUAAAAAUGCUUCAUAUUUUCAACGUUUACUAAAAUCAGAAACACAACAAUCUGCAAAAAUGACAAAAAUAGUAACCAUUUCGGAUAAAACUCAAGAAGCUAGUUAUCUAGUCGCAGAGCUUGUAGCUAAACAAAUGAAACCACACACUAUAGCAGAAAAACUUAUUUUACCUGCUUGCCGUGAAAUAGUAAAAGUACUUUUUGGCGAAGAAGCUGAAAAAGAAGUAUUAAAAAUUCCUGUAUCUGACAACACCGUUAGUAGGCGUAUAGAACACAUGUCUGAAGAUAUUGAAGAACAAGUAUUGCGACAAUCCCGUGACUCUCCAUUAUUUGCAUUACAACUAGACGAGUCAACUGAUAUAAGUGGACAAGCACAACUUUUGAUAUUUAUACGCAUAGUUUCCAACGAAGACAUCAUGGAAAACUUUUUGUGUUGUAUAACACUUUCUGAGACAACUAAAGGUGAAGACAUUUUCGAAAUCGUGGACAAUUAUCUGAAAUUAGCUAAUUUACCAUGGGAAAAAUGUAUUGGAGUAUGUACCGACGGCGCUCCCGCGAUGACGGGCUCAGUAAAAGGCUUUACUUCUUUUACCAAGAAAAAAAAUGAAAAUAUAAUUUUCACCCACUGUUUUCUACAUAGAGAAGCCCUUAUGACAAAAACAUUAGUAGGUGAUUUAAGAGAAGUUUUGGAUCAAGUUGUGAAAGUGAUCAAUUUUAUUAAAAGUAGUUCACUUAAGUCAAGGUUGUUUGAAAAAAUUUGUGACGGUAUGGAUUCAGAUAACUCAAAAUUACUUUUUCACAGUGCAAUAAGAUGGUUAUCAAGAGGCCGAGUAUUAUCACGUUUUUAUGAUUUGAGUGAAGAAAUAAUUGUAUUUUUAACAAUGGAAGAAUCGAAGUACGAGUUUCUUGGAGAUGACCAGUGGUGGACAAAAGUAUCUUUUUUAACUGAUAUUUUUGAACAUUUGAAUAAAUUAAAUACAAGCAUGCAAGGUCGUAAUGUCAACAUCAACUGA